CUUCACCAAGACUCACCUCGACCUCAGCAUGGACCAGAACUUCAACCAAAACCUGGCCGACAACCUGUUCAACCCCGCCAUGGCUGGAGGCUUCUUCAACCCAGCUAUGGCUGCAAACUUCUUUAAUCCAGGCAUGGCAACCAACUAUGAUUCUAACUUCACCAACAACAAUGAGCUGAGGAUCGUGAUGGUGGGGAAGACUGGAAUCGGGAAGAGCGCCACAGGAAACACUAUUCUUGGCCGCCAGUGCUUUGAGUCCAAGUUCAGUGCCAAGUCCAUGACGGUGGACUGCUCCAAAGGCAAAGCCACACUGUCUGGUCAGCAGGUGGCGGUCAUUGACACUCCAGGCCUGUUUGACACCAGGUUCGGCGAGAACAAAACCACCAAGGACAUUUGCCAGUGCAUCUCUUAUGCUUCUCCUGGACCACACAUCUUCCUGGUGGUCAUCAGGCUGGGCAGAUUCACUGAGGAGGAGCAGCAGACGGUGCAAAGGAUCCAAGAAAUCUUUGGCCAGGCUGCAGACAAGUACAGCAUGGUUCUCUUUACAGGAGGGGACCUGAUUGAAGGAACCAUCGAGGAGUUCCUGACUGAAAGCCCAGAGCUGCAGGAACUGGUGUCCAGAUGUAACAACCAGUACCACGUCUUCAACAACAAGAACAAAGAUCCCUCUCAGGUCCAGGAGCUGCUGCAGAAGAUCAGAAACGUGGUGCAGAAGAACGGAGGAAGCCACUACACCAAUGAGAUGUUCCAGGAGGCUGAGAGGGCCAUCGAGGAGGAGAAGAAACGCAUCCUGGAGGAGAAAGAGGAGAAAAUACGCAAAGAAAAAGAAGAGAUGGAGAGGAAGCUGCAGGAGAAAUAUGAUAAAGAGAUGCAGAGAAUCAAACGAGAACUGCAGGCUGAGAGAGAGAAGGAGAGGAAGGAGAGAGAGGAGGAGAGGAGGAGGGAGAGGGAGGAGAUGAACAAAGAGAGGAAGCGGGAGAGGGAGGAGAGAGCUGAAGAGAGGAGGAGGGAGAUGGAGGAGAAGGAGAAGGAGCUGGGCAGAAUGAGGGAUCAGUUUGACAGAGAGCUGAAGGAGAAACUCAACAACAUCCAAACCAGGCAUGAAGACGAAGCCAGAGACGACGCAGAGGGUUUCAAUCCUUUAUAUCCUCUGGUAAUAAUUGGAGAGACCGCUGUCAAGGCAGGAAAGGAGAUUGUUGGAGGGGUUCAACGUUUGGGAGAGGCCUUUGGAAAUUUGUUCACAUCAAAAGUAGAAAGUCCUUCUUUAACAGAGUGAAGUGAAGCUCCUGCAGGUUCCUUCAGAUCAUCACACUGCCCCCUGGUGUCCAUAGAAGGAAGUCUGAGCAGAUGUUUAUCAUGGAGGCAGGCUGAUGUUUGUUACACCUCUCUUUCUCUCUUACUGUUUAAUUUUCAUUUAUCAUUAUCAAUAUUACUGUUUGCUUUGCUCGAAUAUCCAGUAAAAGAAAUGUUCUGAGAUCUCUCUGAUACUUUGUUCUUUGUAUUUUGAAGUGAUUUUAAUCUCCGAAUUUCGUCUUGUGAGUACUUUGUUUACCUUUUGGUCUCAUUUAGAACCAGUGUUACAGGUGUGGCUUCGUGGCGCUGUCGCUCUCUGGGGUCAGCAUAGCACCCCCAAGAAGUACAGUUUGAUUCAAAAAGAGUGGAUUAUUUAGACUGUUUCUGUGUGAACAAUGAGGCAUCAUUAUGUUUUGUACCACAGAGCUUCUGCUUCAUGUGUGCAACUGCUUUGUGCACAGUUCAGUGUGCUCGUGUUGGUUUGCAGUAGAAAAUAAACGAAAUUCCUCAACAUUCCUCAAAUGAAAUACCACCAACAAAAGACAAAUCUCUGACUCCUCCCCGGAUCAGUGCUGAUCAGUGACUUGCUGUUUUUAUCUGAAUUAAAGUUGUGUCAAUAAAAUGAGUCUUUUGUGAUCUGUGUUCAGCUCUCAGCA